CCUAAUCGGAAGUUCACCUGCAUACGUUCGAGAGAGGGUCGGGUCAAGUUGUUUAGCCUCCAAAUUCUUAAAUCAUAGUAAAUCUCUCUGCUCUUUCACUGAGAAACCCCCAUUUUUUUUCGCCGCUCGAAACAAAGCGCUACCACUACCAACACCACAACCUCUGCUUAGCAAUGGCAGAUAAGAAGCGGAAAGAGAGAGCCGGAGGCGGCGGAUCCAGAACUAACAAAAAGUUAGAAAAGAAUUCGAACUCCAAAGGCCUAACCAAGAAUAAUAAGAAUAAAACCGACAUGAGAAAGAAGAGAACAGGUCCCCAUUUGCCUUCUGCGCUGCGAACGGAGCUCGACCGUCUGAACAAUAGAAUCUCAUCCAACAGCGAUGACGAAAUUGAUUCGGAUGUUGGAAACGAUGUUUAUGAGUACGAAGAAGAAGUUCCCCAAGAAGAGUCCCGGAAAAAUCGUCGUUUCGACCCUGUUGAGAACUAUGAAUACGAGCUUCCUGAGGAUUUUGAGGAUGAAGAUGUGUCAUCGGAUGAUGAUGUUGACAACGACAACUUUGAUGAUGGUGGAAAUAAGGGGACUCAAAAUGAAGAUGUUGAUGGCAGUGAUGGGGUUGAAGAGGAAGAUGAUGAAAGGCACUUGAGGAUGUUGCAAGGAAUCACUGGAAUGUCAAGUGAUGCCUUUGAACGCAAGAAAAAGAAAAAUAAUGUGGUUAUAUCUGAGGCACAUCCUGAGUCAGAAUAUAAUCCUACUCGUGAUGUUCUUGAGGGUGAUGGCCACAUUACAGUUCAAGAUCUUUUGGGCCCUAUUCAAGGAAAACCAGGAUAUAGCAAACUUAGAAAAAGAGUCCAACACAUGGACAGAAAGUCUACAUCUAUUCAAGCUCCACUUCCAAAGGCAGAUAGAGAGAAGUUGGAGAGGAUGGCGGUGUAUGAACAUUCAAAGAAAGAUAUUACCAAGUGGGAACAUCUCGUCAAAAGGAAUAGAGAAGCUCCUACUAUUUUUUUUGGUGAAGAUGUAGAUUUGGGAUUUUCAACUGUGGGGGCGAUAGCUUCUGAAUUUGAGCCUAGAUCUGAGUUUGAGAAGAAAAUUGCUACAUUGGUUUAUGAUGAAAAAGUUAUGGAAGCUCACAAAGCAGAUGGUUCCAAGCUUCUGGAAUUAAACAAGAUAUCUGCGGAAGAUUACAUGAAGCACCGGGCUCAUAUCGCCAAAAUGCGCAGUCUUCUUUUUCAUCAUGAAAUGAAGAGGAAACGCAUCAAAAAGAUCAAGUCCAAAACCUAUCAUCGUUUAAAAAAUAAGGAUAAAGCAAAAGCAGCAUCUGUGGAAAUGCUGAUGGAUCCAGAGGCAGCCAAAGAGCAGGCUAGGAAGCAAGAGUUCAAACGGGCUGAGGAGCGAAUGACUUUGAAGCACAAAAAUAAGUCAAAGUGGGCAAGGCGUAUUUUAGAGCGUGGUUUGAAUACCCAGGAUGAAGGUACUCGAGCAGCUAUGGCUGAACAGCUUAACCAUCAUGCUCUUUUGACAAGAAAAAUUAACACUGUUAAGGGCAGUAGUAGCAGCAGCAGCAGUGAUAGCAGUAGUGAUGAGGAUGAGGAGGGUUCAGACCAGGAUAGGGCAUCUGAGUUGCUAGAAAGAGCAAAAGAGAAGACACUGAAAGUAUUAGAAGAUGAUGAGGAAAUGUCAAACUCUGGAGUUCUUUCUUUACCUUUCAUGGUUCGUGGAAUGAAGAAAAGAAGGGAAGUAGCGAUUGAUGAAGCUAAGCUUGCUCUUCAGGAGUAUGAGCAAUUGGAGGGUACAGAUGGUGCUGUAAAUUCUAAAUCAGCCACUGCAAGUGGUAGAAGGGUCUUCGGUAUGACUAAAAAUGAAGAUCCAGAAUCUAACAAUAAGACCAAAACUGAUAACAACAAUAAUAAGAUGAAAAUGGAUAAUUAUUAUGGUAAUAGUGAUAGUGAAGAUGAUUUGGAAGCCAAAGAGAAUCUUAACAUUGAGGGUGGCAGAAAAAAUGAUGUUGACUCUAAUUCUGUUAAAGAAGCUGCUGAUGUUCAUCAGGACUCUGUAUUCAAGAAUUUUGAUGACAUUGUUAGAGACCCAGGUUCAAAAUCAACAUAUGAAGUUGCUAUUUUCGCCUCAGACUCAUGGAGAAAGAUGAAAAGUGGGAACGGAGUGGAUACAAAUGUCAAAAAGUCACAAGACGUCAAGGAACCUAUUGUGCAUGAUCAAGACUUGGAGGAGGGAGAAGAGGAAAGUGAUUCAGAUAGUGAAGGACAAAUGAUGGAUGGGGUUUUGUCCUCUGGCCCCAAAGAAUCAUAUAAACUCCCUUCUCAAUCAGAACUCAUUCGACAUGCUUUUGCUGGUGAUGAUGUAGAGGAAGAAUUUGAGAAGGAUAAACAGGAGAUCUUGAAUGAGGAGAACCCUGAACCUGAUAAACCUGUUUUGCUCCCUGGUUGGGGUCAAUGGACUCAUGUGCAGCAAAAAGAAGGUUUGCCUUCAUGGAUGCUUAAAGCACAUGACGAUGCAAAGCGGAAGAGGGAAGAAAUUCUUAAGAAAAGGAAGGAUGCACAUCUCAAACAUGUCAUUAUCUCUGAAAAGUUGGAUAAAAAAGCUGAGAAAUUGCAAACAAAAACUUUGCCCUACCCUUUCACAUCCAAGGAGCUUUUUGAGCAGAGUAUGCGCAUGCCAAUUGGAUCUGAAUCAAACCCAGAGACAGCAAUCAGAGCUCUUAAUCGGCCAGAAGUGGUGAAGAAACCUGGUGUAAUUAUAAAACCAAUCAAAUUUGAGGAGGUGCAUGGGCAUGAAAAAUCAGAGGAUCACAAACGGAGUGGGCAAAAACGAAAGACAAAUAGAAUUAAAGGUGCUGUUGGCAAGAACAAGAAACAAUAAAGAUAACUAAUUCUCAUGCUUUCCAAAAAUGCUUUUUUGGUCCAGAAAGAUUGAUGUUUGAAGGAUAAAGAAUGAAGAGUUCUUUUCUGUUAUUUGUAAUUGGCGGAGCUUAGUUCCUAAGCUUGUAAAGCUAGAGCUUAAGUGAUUUGAGAUGGGCGGGAGUCAGAAUUUGCUAGGUUUUGAUUUAGUUUUUGAAGGGUGCGGUGCUAAAUUUUGUUCAAGUUAUUGUUUCUAAUCCACAAAAUGUUAGUGGUGUAAACAAACAUAGCAAUUUUUUUUCCAGGCAAAAAGAUAAAUUAUUAAUUAAUGAAGUGCAGUACAUUAGAGGAAUUUAAACCAUAUAUUUUCCUCCU